GCAGGAAAUAGCGCGCUACAUGCAGAUGAGGGCCACAGGAAGCGAUCACGAGUCUGACGAUGAAGAGCUCGAAGACGAAGGUGAGGACCAAAAUGAGGAAAUCCACAGCGACGACGACGGCCAGGAGAACUCGGACGAAACAGCGGGAAAUAUUGAAGAUGAGGACGACGAAAUCGACAAAGCGCGUGUUCUGCUUGGAGGAGUGAGGUGUGCAGCACACACUCUGCAGCUCACCGUGCACGAUUGUAUAAAAGAAUGCAAUCUCAAGAAGCACCUCGUCAACGUUCGCUCGGCCGUGAAGGUUUUGAGAAAGUUUCCGUUUAAGGCGUCUUUCAAAAUGGAAAAGAAGAAACUGCCAUUCCUCGACGUCGAAACGAGGUGGAAUUCAGCGUUCGAGAUGGUAUCGUACUUCAAAGAGAACGAGACUUUCAUCAAGGAUUUGCUUAAGUCAAACCAAAAGGAAGCGCUGAUCAGCAAAUCCACGUGGACGUUCAUUUGGUCGUUUACGGCGGUGUUCCAGCCUGUGUUUAUCGCGACAAAAAAACUGCAGGAGGAGAACAUGACGAUGGGCGACUUCCUAUUCGCUUGGGAAACCUGCCGGCUCGAGCUUGAGGAUUCAACGAGCAACAUGGCAAAGUGUUUGAUCAGACACAUGGACCGUCGACGAGUGAAACUGUUUUCACCUCCGGUUGUUGCUGCUCUUUAUUUGGACCCGAGAGUAAAUUUCCAUGGAUCAGAGUUGUUGACCGAUGUUGAUCGAAAAGUGGCAGUAGAUCAUCUGUUGGAACUUUGGAAUAGCCUGAAGGACGACCAAGAAAGCCAACCAAACGCACCUCCAAAGGAUAAACGAACCACAGUGACCACCAGCUCACCCUCUACUACCAGCCAACCUUCGAAAAUGGAACUGUUCUUGCGACGCAAGUCUCCAACAAAAUCACCGGAAUGCUUGAAUAUUGAACAAAAACUUCACGAGCUUUCGCUGCAACCUAGGGUGAGUUGUGAUGACGACGUUCUCGAGUUUUGGGACUGCAAGAAAAAACUUGAGCCGGAACUUUACGCCCUAGCUCAGGUUGCAUUAGCAGUUCCUUGUACGCAGGUGUCCGUGGAGAGAUCGUUCAACUCGCUUGCGUUGAUACUAAGUGACAGGAGAUUGCGCUUGGGAAACGCAAAUUUGACUAACAUUCUUCUUGUGAAGCUCAAUGCUGUAUUGUUCGAGUUGAUUGAUUUGAAGUUUUGAUUUUUUUACAUUAUUUUGAUUUCAAUUGCGUUCAAUGUUGCUGAUGUUAUUUGGUAGAGGAAAUACAUGAUAUUCAACCCUCUUAAAUAAGUGUUUGUUUACUAUCUGCAGAAUAAAAUUAUGAUAUUCAUCCCAAAAUAUAUAACAAGACUUUUAAUUUCAAGAAAACUAAAUCAAAUACCAUAAGAGCCGUUAAAAGAACGGCUCGCGUUCUCGUAAGCGAGUUCAGAACAUUGUUCUGAACCAUUCAAAGCA